CCUUUUUUUUUCUUUCAUUUAUCAGUGCUCUUUACCCCUUAUCUUUAUACAAAAAAUAAAUAAAAGAAUAAUAGGCUUAUACCCAACCCCCUUCUUUCUCCCUUUGCUCUUUUAACCUCUUGUUCGAAAAAAGAAAACAUGGCAGAUCAGGCAUCGAUAAAGGAGGAUUCGACAAUAAAAGCCAACGCGUCUACAAAGAACACUCCUAAACGACCUCGAUUAAAUUACCUUCAUUCAGCAUGGACCACCAACGACCUCUACUACCAUGAUUCAGGCACUUAUAUGCCUUCCUCUACCACAUCCACUACCAAGACAUCACCACAAGAAAAUCUCUAUCAUUUUCGUUUACCUCCGCUUCAAUUACAAGAUGUGGAUCAAGAUGAAGAGGAAUGUGACGAAGUCUUGACCGAAUUAUUUAGAGUGAUCACCAUUGCCAACAUGCUUUGUCUGUUCGGCUCUCUCUUUGCUACAACACUUGUACUUUACACUAUCCCUUCAUUUCACCUCAUCCUCAGAGACCCCGAUUGGAUGCCUCAUGCCAUUUUACCACUCUAUGUUCUAUGGUGGCUCUUCAUGUUACUCGUCCUCAAACACCGCACUACCGAACAUCUCUCGCAAUACCUGAAUUGGACUCAACUCAGUACACUCACCAUGGCCUUCACACAUUCAGUGAUGCCUAUCCGACACCCUUCCUUUCGCUACUACCAUCUCUGUCUCGUCUCACUCUCGCUCUCCGCCUUAUUCACUUUUGCCUUCACCGCACGUCUCGUUAAGGCCAACGAGAUCAAACUCGACCGAUUCAAAAGACGCAUGAAGCGAGAAGAGAUCAAGCUACAACAAUGCGUAGAUACCCAUACCACUGAAUUCACAGACCAUCGUCUCGCUUUCAUCUCCACUGUCUCUCAGGAGAUCCAGGAUGUGGCCCUCAUGGUCAUCACCACCCUCGAACAAUUCUCGCCCGCUAACAUUUUGGCUAAUCACACGCAUGAAUUAUUAAGUGCUUGCUCCAUUGCCGUACCCAUCGCCAGUAUCUCGGCCAUCAACACGACCAUUCGUCAAGUAUGUCAUGUGAGCUCACAUCUCGAACUUCUCAGCAAAUUAACCAUACAGGCUUGGACUCGAUCUAACAUCCAUCUCUUGCAAUUACCCGCUCUUGUCUCUGCUGAAUUCGAUAUCGGCGAACUCUUGCAAAGCUUGGGUGAUGCCUUGGCUGGUGUCGCAGCGAAAUUGGGAGUGGAUUUUGUGAUCUAUCAUUGUGAUAAUCGGCUUCAUCAUUCCAUUGUCAUUGGCGAUGAAGGAGCGAUCCGUCAUGCCUUGUUAAAUCACAUUCGAAAUAUUUUGGAAUGCUGUACACGCGGUGCAUCCAUUGAAGUCGGAUUAAAUGUCAAUGAGAUACGCGAUCCCGACAAAUUAAAUAUCCUGUUUUACAUCACCCAUACUAGUUCACCUGAUAUUCGUGAUGCCAGUGCAGCGCUCCUACCCAACGCCAACCUCACCUCACAACUCCUCACGUACAUUGGUGGAUCCUGCGCUAUCGAUACCGAAACCGAAAACCAAACUCGAUUCGAAUUCAGCUUUCAACUGGGUCUGGGUAAGAGGGAAUUACCCACCAUCAAACAUGGACCCUCGUUGCUUCAAAACCAUUACGCCAAUAUCAAAUUCUCCAACGAACCCAGCUUGAAGGAGCUACACAAGUUCAUUGAGAAUCUCAAGGGCUUAAAAAUGGUCUUGCAUGCACCCGAACAAAGUAUCUUUGCUAAACACAUGACCAGUUGCUUGGCAAGUUGGAAUACAGAUAUCAGUCAUGUUCCUGUGACCGUUCAUGAAUCAACGCCGGCCGAAGAAGAAGAGGUCGCCUUCACCGCUGCCAUCCCUACCACGCCACCCGUUCCUUCACCUGCCAUUGAGGAAGAACACCUUCAUUCCAUACCCCCUUCCUUCAUCUUGAUUGAUGAUGAUAUCCCAACCUUGGAAAGCAAAUUAGGUGAAUUCCGAACUCAACCUCCUGCAUCGGCCAACGUACUUCAACAAGCACAUCAAGGUCGUCGUAAUCAUUACAACAAGAAGAACUUUUUUCAUCAAGGUACCACCGCUAUCAUUCAUUUCACCUCUCUUAAUAAUUACAAAGCCGUCAGAGAUACCAUCGCCGCUUAUGCCUUCUUGCCAUCGGGUAGAGACCCCUUUUCUAUGCCCCGUGUUGUUGUUGUCCCCAAACCAGCUGGACCACGUCGUUUUCUCACUGCUUUACAUACCGCUUGGAAUAAUUCUGUUGUCGAACCCCAUUUCUCGGCCAUUGCAACAUCUCCUUCGAGUCCCAUGCCUCCUAUUCUUUCCAUGUUGGUCCAAAGAGAAAUCGCCGCCGCCGCUUCCACAGCUGCUAUUACUGCUGCCUCUUCUAAUGUGACUUCCCCUCAGCAAGAUCUCCUAACCAGAAUUUCUCCCGGGAAUGAAACUUCCCCGGGGGGUAGUAACAAUCGUCGAAGACCCGUUAGUGGUAUCUUUAGCCCUCCCAUCGAUAACUAUUUCUCUUCACAACAACCCACGCGACGUCGAUCCAGUAACCAUGUCGAUCUCAUCGAUCCUGAACUACCCCUACCUCCUCGUAUCUCACCAUGUUUACCCGAUAUCAUUCGAGCAGACCCCAUUACAGCAGCAUUGGAUGAACCACCUGUCACCGUUGUGACAGAUCCCAUCGUGCCCAGUGAACCUCCCAAAAAGAAAUCCUCCUUUGCGGGUCAACCCAUGAUGAACAUUCGAUCGCAUAAAAAGAAGCGCAAGGAUCGUGGUGUACCCUUUGCCGAUGUUGUCUCACCACCUAUUCAUGUCCUCAUCGUGGAAGAUAAUAUCAUCAAUCAAGCCAUCUUAUCCGCCUGGAUGAAAAAACACAAGAUCAAAUUCGCUGUUGCCAGUAACGGCCUGGAAGCCGUGAACAAGUGGAAAACAGGUGGCUUUCAUCUUGUCUUGAUGGACAUUCAGUUACCCGUCAUGAACGGUAUUGAAGCUACCAAGAAAAUUAGAGCGAUUGAAAAGGAACAAAAAAUUGGUGUCUUGCCCAUGUCUUCUUCUUUUCUACGUCAACAACAAGAAGUGGCGGCCGCAGUAGCAGCAGCAACGGCAGCAGCAGCAGCAGCAACGGCUACUGAUACUCAAGCAUCGACUCCUCCUCUCGAAGAAAACACAGACAUCCAGGACGAUCUCUCUCCCUCGAACGUCCCUUCCAUCUUUCGUUCACCUGUCAUUAUUGUCGCUCUUACCGCUUCCUCCCUUGAAUCUGAUCGUCACGCUGCUCUGGCUGCAGGCUGCAAUGACUUUCUCACGAAACCCGUGAGUCUCGAAUGGUUGGAGAAAAAAAUUAUUGAAUGGGGAUGUAUGCAAGCCUUGAUUGAUUUCGAAGGUUGGCGUCGUUGGAAACGUAAAAGCACGCAUGACGAUAACAGUGAAAUUAUCAAGAAGAAAUUAGCCAGCUUUACAUCGCAUCGUACGUUACAGAUUGAUAAACAAAAAAAUCGUAGUGAGUCUGAAAGUCCAACAGCGACAGCAGCGACAGCGACAUCGACGGACAAAAAACAAGGUGUCUUGUUACCGGGGAUCAGCCAUCUUGUCAAACAACGUAGAUUUUCAUCCACUGUGGCGCAAACUAAACUCAUCCUUAAACCUUCCAAAACUGAUUCCGAUGUCAUGCCCCGUGCUCUUCCAUCCAUAUCGAAUUUUCAUCAUAAAAAACUCGAUAUUCAAUCAAGUACCCCACAGUCUGGAAACAAGGAGUCUUGAAAUCCACCUUUAUAAAAAAAAAAACUUAACAAAAUACCCCCCCCCCACACACACACACACACAUAACAACAAUAAACCAUUG